GAUGAGGUCCCCGGAAGACGCGCCGGAGGAAAGACCCCACAACCCGCCGGCGGCCGCCAUGCCGCAGCGUUCGGCCGGCAGGAGGAAGGGCACGCCGAACCGGCCGUGGCUGGUGGUAUCGGACUCCGGGAAGGAGCGCUUCGAGGAGGUGGGGAAGCACUCGAUCAUGCGGCGAACGGGUAUUCCGGCGCGGGAUCUGAGGCUCUUGGGCCCUCUGCUGUCCUACCCGUCGACGAUUCUGGGGAGGGAGAGGGCUAUCGUGCUCAAUCUGGAGCACGUCAAGGCCAUCAUCACGGCCACCGAGGUGUUCAUCCCCAACUCCAACGACCCCACGGUCGCCCCUUUUGUCCACGAUCUCCACUCCCGGCUCUCCAGUCCUUCCGGCGCUGCUCCUCAUCAGGUUGCAGAGUCCAGGAACAAGGGUGUUGUUACCCUUUGAGUUCAGAGUGCUUGAAAUCUGCCUUGAAUCCAGUUACAGGCACCUUGAAGCUGAGGUAUGCAUUUCACCUUUUUUCUUUCUUGAGAUAGGAUCAAAUUGUAUUUGCUAUUCUGCUUUGAU